AUGGUUUCACAAGAUCACCAACAUCUCUCUUCGGCUGUUAUUUGUGAAAGCAUCUUACAAAUGGUAACAACAGAUCCCACAAUAUCAGUUUCAGUAUUGAUUGCACAUAUACGAUCUCGGUACACAUAUACCACUACUUAUAGAAAGACAUGGAUUGCAAAACAAAAGGCCAUUGAGAGAAUAUACGACAAUUCAGAGGAAUCAUAUAAAGAGCUUCCAAGGUGGAUUCUUGCUUUUAAACAUUAUCUUCCAAGUACUGUUACCGAUAUUGAAGUGGGACCCUUUAUUGAGGAUGACCAACGGGUUCCUAGCAAAGCUGUCUUUCAUCGUCUCUUUUGGAGUUUCCAACCAUGUAUCAGAGGGUUUGAUCAUUGUAAACCAGUUGUUUCAGUUGAUGGAACAUGGUUAUAUGGGAAGUAUCGUGGGACCUUACUAAUGGCAAUCGCUCAGGAUGGUGACAGUCAUACCAUUCCUAUAGCAUACGCCAUUGUUGAGGGUGAAACAUCAAAUGGUUGGUUUUUCUUUCUCAGUCGUCUACGAAUAUACGCUAUGACUCAACCAGGCAUCACAUACUUUAGAAGACAAAUCAGUGAUUGGAGUCAAGAUGCAGUGAAAUGGCUUGACGAUAUUCCAAAGGAACAAUGGCUACAAGCAUAUGAUGAAGGUAGACGUUGGGGACACAUGACAACUAACCUUUCUGAGUGCAUGAACAAUGUGUUAAAGGGGACACGCAAUCUUCCAAUCAGUUCUUUUGUGCAAGCAACAUACUACAGAUUGACUGCAAAAUUUGAAGAAAGAGGGACACAAGCCCAAGCAAUGAUGACAUUAGGUUUGAUUUACUCAAAUACAAUCAUUCAAAAUCUUAACAAGGAACGAGCAAUGUCAAAUUCCCAUGAAGUUGUUAUUCACAAUCGAGCUCAUAGUAUAUUUACAGUUAAGGAGUUGGUUCGUCCACCAAGUGGUCGUCCUGUAGGGACAUUCAAGGUAGACCUCGACAAAAGAUGGUGCGAUUGUGGUGAAUUUCAAGCAUUACAUUAUCCAUGUUCACAUGUCAUUGCCGCUUGUUCGUUUAUUCACCGUACAUCAGGUUUGAUUUACUCAAAUACAAUCAUUCAAAAUCUUAACAAGGAACGAGCAAUGUCAAAUUCCCAUGAAGUUGUUAUUCACAAUCGAGCUCAUAGUAUAUUUACAGUUAAGGAGUUGGUUCGUCCACCAAGUGGUCGUCCUGUAGGGACAUUCAAGGUAGACCUCGACAAAAGAUGGUGCAAUUGUGGUGAAUUUCAAGCAUUACAUUAUCCGUGUUCACAUGUCAUUGCCGCUUGUUCGUUUAUUCACCGUGACUACAUGAUGUAUGUGUCUUCUAAGUAUACAUUGCAAAGUAUCUUUGACGUUUACAAAGACGAGUUCCCAACAAUUCCUCUUCAAUCAUAUUGA